AUGAACCACCCCAGCAACGACACGCAGGCCGUCAAGUUGACGGGCGAGGAGGUAGCCAAGCACAACAAUGCCGACUCGUGCUGGGUCAUUGUCCACGGACGUGCCUACGACGUGACAGAGUUCCUCCCCGAGCAUCCUGGCGGUCCCAAGAUCAUCCUCAAGUAUGCUGGAAAGGACGCCACCGAAGAGUACGAACCCAUCCACCCACCCGACACACUAGACAAAUUUCUGGACAAGAGCAAGCACUUGGGCGAGGUCGAUAUGAACACAGUCCAACAGGAAACAAAGGAGGAAGACCCUGAUGAGGCCGAAAGACAAGAAAGAAUCAAGCGCAUGCCCAUCCUUGAGCAGUGCUACAACCUGAUGGACUUUGAAGCUGUGGCCAAGAGAGUCAUGAAGAAGACUGCAUGGGCCUACUACUCCUCGGGAGCUGACGAUGAGAUUAUUUGGUUCCGACCAAAGAUUCUCGUUGAUGUUGAGAAUGUCGACAUGUCGACAACAAUGCUGGGUACCAAAGUCAGCAUGCCUUUCUACGUAACAGCCACCGCUUUGGGCAAGCUCGGAAAUCCCGAGGGUGAAGUCGUCUUGACCCGUGGUGCUAAAAAGCACAAUGUCAUUCAAAUGAUUCCCACUCUGGCCUCUUGCUCUUUCGAUGAGAUUAUGGAUGCUGCUAAGGGCGAUCAAGUGCAAUGGCUCCAACUUUACGUACNNGUCAACAAAAACAGAGACAUUACAAAACGUAUUAUUGAACACGCUGAGAAGCGAGGCUGUAAGGGUCUCUUCAUCACUGUAGACGCCCCUCAACUUGGUCGCCGCGAGAAGGAUAUGCGGUCCAAAUUCUCCGAUGUUGGCAGUAACGUCCAAAACACUGGUGGCGACAACGUUGACCGAAGCCAAGGUGCUGCAAGAGCCAUCUCCUCCUUCAUCGACCCCUCGCUAUCUUGGAAGGAUAUUCCAUGGUUCAAGAGCGUCACAAAGAUGCCCAUCUUGCUCAAAGGUGUCCAAAGAGUCGAAGAUGUGAUCAGAGCCGUUGCUGCAGGUGUCGAUGGUGUUGUUUUGUCCAACCAUGGCGGCAGACAGCUCGACACAUCGCGCUCGGGCAUCGAGAUUCUUGCCGAGACCAUGCCCGAGUUGCGUCGACUGGGCCUUGAGGACAAGAUCGAGGUAUACAUCGAUGGCGGAAUUCGACGUGCCACAGACAUCCUCAAGGCUCUUUGUCUCGGUGCCAAGGGUGUAGGUAUCGGCCGUCCCUUCCUGUACGCCAUGUCAGCAUACGGCUUGCCUGGUGUCGACCGUGCUAUGCAACUUCUCAAAGAUGAGAUGGAGAUGAACAUGCGCUUGAUUGGAUGCAACAGCGUCGAUCAGUUGACCCCUGAACUUCUGGACGUUAGGAGUUUGCACACGCACACUGCAUCUGUGGCGCCAGAUACACUCAGUAUUGCCGCAUACGAUCCUUUGGCUGGACCUAAGGAGAGAUUGGCCAAGUUGUGA